AUGAUUGUGAAUUUGUCAAUCAAUGAUGUUACUCAGAUAAUGCCUAAUCCAUCACCACCGGUUUACAAGAAUUUUAGUCCUCAAGCUGCUGCUGCAAAUGCUGCUGCUGCUGCUAACAAACAGACUUCUACUUCAAUAAAUCUUCCUGGCCUUAUCAAUAUGGAUUUUUUUUCUCCACGGGCUUUUGGUCCGUCAUCGGAGAGUAAUAACAAGUUGUCUCGCAAUGUACUCAAGUUUCCACCCUCACUUCGAAAUAAUAACAAUGGGAAACUUAGUUCGUCUGCAUUCACCGUAUCAAGUGAAUCAACCAUUGAUGAAAAAUCUCCCCAUGCGGAAAACAUCUUUUCAGCGAGAAAAGAUGAAAACUUUAUGGCCCUACAUCAUUUGCAAAUGACUUUGACGGAAAUAGUAGAUACAGAAAGGCAGUUUAUUGAAAAUACUCGUGAGUUAAGAAACAUGUACCUCGAGAAUCUCCAAAAUUUGAAUGUUGAGCUCCCGAUUCCCGUAAGAAUCACUAAGCUUUGUUUAGAGAAGAUGAUUGAGAUACAUAGUGGUAUCUUGACCAAAUUGGAAACCAUUCGACUAAAUAGAUCAUUGAAUUACGGAGAGCAAGCCAAUCGCAUAUCUCAAGUGAUUUCACAAGCUGGUAUUUGUUGUUUUUGGUACUCUUGGUAUUGUUCACAACAUAAGGCAGUGGGGAAAAUGUACAAUAAAGCAUUGUUCCCGCUCGAAUUUAGUAAGCACUGUGAAACAACCAACUAUUAUAUAGGUGGUGGUGGUGAACAAUAUCAACAGCUGCUGCCGCUGCCGCUGCAACUUCUGGUGCAACUGCAACGGCAACAAAAGUAUGCCACAAUCAAGACAUACCAGUCAUUUUCAGCAAUAAGGCAUUUAUUCACAGGAGUGCAGAAUCUAGUGGAAAGUCAGCAGCCACAACAUGCAAGAAAAGACUUGUCAAUUAGAUCCUUGAGUCAACAGCCAAUUGACCGAAUUGUUAAAUACCCACUUUUUGUUGACAGUCUAUGUGUCAACUGCGGUUUAUUGAACUAUAACACGGAUUUGUUGAACACAAGUGUUGACAAGAUACGACGUCAAUUAUUUUCAGUAAAUGAAGCAACAAAGCAAAUUGAACAGCUUAACGAACUUCGAAUAUCUCGGCUUAACCAACUAAUUGAUUGGACCCAGGUUUUCAAUAAUAAAAACAGCCGGUUCAAUUGUUCAGAUUUCUGCAAUAUUGAUGUAGAUUGUUACUUUUUUGGCAAUCCAUUGUUGAUUGGGUUUGCUUCAGUCAUAUAUGUAAAUAACAAUUGUCCCAAACUACAACAUUGUCCAGUGAUACUUUUCAAGAGUCACUUGGUAAUUCUUCAACACAAUAACAUCUUCAAAAGAACAUUCAAGUCGAGUGCAAACAACUUUAAUAGAAAAUAUAUUCCAAACUUCAUUAUCCCCUUGGUUAAUACUUCAUUAUUUGUUGAUGAAAAAAACUGUCGGGGUUUGUACUUGAACUAUUUAAAUUGCUUAAAGUUGGUAUUUCGAGUAGAAAACUUUCAAUUUGAAGUUGUACUCUUAUUCCUAGACCAAAAGGAGUUUGAUAUAUGGAAAGAGCAUCUCCAUGUAAGCCUCAAUGAGGUAAAUGGAGGAAGUUGUGAUUUCAAAACUACAAAUAACCACGCAAUUGCCUAUCUCAAUUAUGUCCCUCAAGGAGCUUCUAUAUAUGCUACAAACUUUGAAAGUGGCAGAAGCAGUAGCAGUAGCAGUAGUGAUCGAAAUUUGUACAAACAAGAGGUAUUCUUUGUCAAAUUCCAACUUGACUUGUUGUUGCACAAUAUGAUAUCUUUACAUUACGAUAUUCUAGAGUAUGCUUCAUGCAAGAUCCUCACGUUGAAAUUUUACGAUGUAUGGUAUAAUGAAAGAAAUUUUAGAGAUUUGAUUUUGGAAAAAUUACCAUUGUAUACCAUAAAUGAGUAUUGA